AUGAAUCUGCUACCAAUAAAAGCCAGAGCCAGCGAGGGCCCCUCCCACACAUGCGAGCUUUUCUUCAUAGACCGCACUCUGUUCUCGCCAGAAUACUUCUUCUUAAACGUGCUGCCGCUUAUUCCCGGAGUGGAAAAGGAAGAAAGCGGCCCACUGUCAGGCGCCUCCUCUGCGCGUGCAUAUGCAGAAGUUGCCAGCCAGAUAAAAAAGUACACAACAUACAUAGAAAAGUUCACAGCCCUUUACAAAGACGCAAAGGUGAACGUGGCCAUAGACUUUCAAGUGGCAACCUUUCUCCAUAUAACAGACAAGGUGAGUUUCAGGCUUCCUAUAAAAACAGAGCCUGACAUAUACGCAAAAGACAUAUUCCGGACAUACUCUGUGCCAGAAGGCGAGCUUCUGAACAUAUUUAUAUUCUACGUGCGGGAAAGCAUCUUGAGCGCCCUGAAAGCGGCUGUUCGCGCGCCAGCCCUCGAAAUAGAAGACAACUUCCAGCAAACAGAGCCAACUGUCCAGGUGGCCAACAUACACACCCUGAAUCAGAGGCUUCUUAGCUACGAAACCAUGGGGCGGGUCACGGUGCUAAGUGAUGCCCCAGAAAGGAAGCGAAGAAAGAAAAAAGCCCCCACGCAGGAGCCUUUUGAAAAAAGGGCCAGCUGA